AUAAAAGCCGUUAACAAGCCGGUAUAUUUCAGUGUCUUGAACUGAGACGAGCGAAGAAAGAAAAGAGUGAAAAGCAAAUCAAAAUAUGAAGUCAUUAAUCUUAUUAGCACUUGGCGUGUUCAUUAUUUGUGGAAUUGAGGCAUCACCGUUCAACAUCAAAAACAGAGGUUCACCUCUUACUGACGCGAAGGAAUGUCAAGCCUGCAAGGACAUUGCAGCAUAUCUUAAGGAGGAGGUUGAUGAAGGCGAUAAGGAUGAUAUAAUAAAGGCCAUAAUGGAUGAGUGCUCUCGUGUAGAAGAUAAGACUGUUUGUGACAAGAUUGCCGAAGCAGAUGACGAAAUAGUUGAAUUCUUCAUCAAAAAUUCACCCGAAGCAAUUUGCAAGCAACUUAAAUGCUGUUAAAGAAUCAGUAUAAAAUAACAGAUUCUAUACUGAAUCAAAGGCAAACU